CCUCCAUAAUUCUAAAUCCUCUCUUUUUUCACAGUUAUUCCUCUUUCACUAUGUAAAAAAGGUUCAAAUUAUAAAUCAUUAUAAAUCCUAGCACAUUAUCACAUCACACUCCCAAAGUGUAGCCUCACUCUCACUCACUCACUCCUCACUAGAGGAUAGCAAAAAGAAAAUAAUGUACCUUCUUCAACUAUAGUAGCCUUAAUCCACCAUUACAUUUCACAUUAAACCCGAUUACCCGGCCCGUUCAUUUCUAAUAGAAAUAUGGUUCAAAGAAGGUACAUUGUUCAAAUAUUGGCUCUAUGUUCAUUAUUUACACUAGGUCUGGGCCAAUACAACUUCACUAUUCCGGGACAGCACCCGGACCCGGAAGCCGUUGCCCGAGAAGUUCAUAGGCUGGUGAAUGUUUCUGUAACAAGAAGACAUUUACUUGAUGAUGCUUCAAACUGCGCCACCGGCAAUCCAAUAGACGAUUGCUGGCGAUGCGACCCGAAUUGGGGAAACGACCGUCAAAGGUUGGCCGAUUGCGGUAUCGGGUUUGGGCAGUAUGCUUUAGGUGGCAAAGGUGGUGAGUACUACAUAGUCACUGACCCUUCUGACGAUGAUGUUGUUAAUCCAAAGCCUGGUACACUACGCUAUGCUGUUAUACGAACUGAACCUCUUUGGAUCAUCUUCGCUUCUAAUAUGGUUAUCCACCUUUCUCAGGAGUUAAUCUUCAACAGUUACAAGACAGUAGAUGGGAGAGGGGUGGAUGUACACAUAACAGGAGGAGGAUGCAUAACCUUGCAAUAUAUUAGCAAUGUAAUUAUCACCAACAUCCAUGUCCACCACUGCCACCCAUCUGGUAACACCAUGGUCCGAGAUAGCCCAACCCAUUAUGGUUAUCGAGGUUUGUCCGAUGGGGAUGGGAUCUCUAUAUUUGGAUCUAAGGAUCUUUGGAUCGACCACUGCUCGCUGUCUCACUGUAAGGAUGGCCUCAUCGACAUUGUAAUGGGCUCAACCGCUAUCACGGUGUCCAACAACCAUUUCUCCCACCACAAUGAGGUUAUGCUUCUAGGCCAUAGUGACACAUAUGAGCCUGAUACAGGAAUGCAGGUUACAAUCGCGUUCAACCAUUUUGGACCGAAGCUAGUACAGAGGAUGCCAAGGUGUAGAAAAGGGUAUAUACAUGUUGUAAAUAAUGAUUUUACACAAUGGGAGAUGUACGCAAUUGGUGGUAGUGGAAAUCCAACCAUUAAUAGCCAAGGAAAUCGUUUCAUUGCUCCUUUUGAUCGUUAUGCCAAAGAGGUAACAAAGAGAGUAGGAACAGACGAGAAAGAUUGGAAGGGGUGGAAUUGGAGAUCAGAAGGAGACGAAAUGGUUAACGGUGCAUAUUUUGUGGCGUCAGGAGCGGCUCUUGAAGUCCAAUAUGAGAAAGCUUACAGUGUGGAGCCCAAAUCUUCUGCCUUCAUUGACCAACUUGUCAUGCAUGCUGGCGUUCUUGGUGACAGUAGACACAAUCUAGGAAAGUGGAGUGCUGGACCAGGUGACAAAACAGGAUUAGACUCAGAUGAUUAUGAUUACAGCGAUGAUUAUGAUGGAGCCACACCUACAAAUUCAUCCCCAACUUACACUCUUCUAUUCCUUUUGUUGAUGUUAUCAUUUUGUUAUUUGUAUGGCAUCCCGCCUAACGUCGAUUUUCUAUGACAAACAUCUUAAAAUCGAAUUAGUUCUUGUCUGUUACUUCUAACUUUGACAGUAAUGAGUAAAACUCAUUAUGUCUCUUAACUAGGGCUCUUUGUCAUUACGGAGUACAAACUUUCUUAUAUAACUUUGUCUUUUAUCAAAUAUCAGGGCUUAAUAUUUGGGCUUUUGUAUAUAAUUCGGUUAUAUUUCGGUUCUUUUUUUUUUUAACCCAAACAAAUCAUAAACCAUAUUUUUAAAGUUUCCCAAAUCGAACCAUUAAAAAAAAUUUAAAAAAAAAAACAAAUUAAUAAUUCGGUUCAAUUAGAUUUUAAACUAAAUUACUUUCACCCCUAGUUUAUAUAUUUUUUCUUCUCCUCUAUAUCUCUCCUAUUCUUGAAAUUCGUGUCCUUCGCUCAUGUUCCUAUAUUAGGUAGAGCGCCCCUCCGAUUGUGGGUGAUCUUAGGAUUGAUUUUCAUCACUUGCCCUUA